AAUAAUCUGAAGAUGAAAAUGGCAGUGGAGAAGGUCGAUCAAACCGUCUUUGAAGGAGAUGGUGGUGGAUAUUAUAUACGGUCAAACUCAGAAACACCUUUCUAUGCAGGAAAACUUCUCCUCCGCCCUCUUGGAUUUGCUCCUCCUCACUAUGGCGAUUCCAACAAAAUUUGCCUUGUUCUUGAAGGGACAAUCACUGUUGGGUUGGUGGCACCAAAUAGUACAGAAGAAAAGGUUUUCUUGAUCAACAAAGGGGAUGUGGUUCCAGUUUCAGCAGGGAUGGUUUCAUGGUGGUUUAACGGCGGUGACACCAAUGCAGUCCUCAUACUCAUGGCUGAAACUAGCAAAGCUUUAGUCCCAGGCCAACUCUCAUACUUUCUUAUGGCCGGAGUUCAAGGAAUUCUAGCCGGAUUUCAAUCGAAUUUUGUAGGUAAAAUCUUUGGUCUAGACCAAAAGGAAUCAGAAAAGAUUGUAAACAGCCAACAAGGAUCAUUGAUUUUCAAACUUGAUCAUGGAAUUAAAUUUCCAGAACCCAAUGAUCAUUUGGAACAUAAGUUGUAUGCUAGCAUUGAUGAUCCAUCUAGUAAGGUUAAGGUGAACAGUGGCGGAACUAUAACUUCUUUGACGGAAAAGAACUUUCCUAUGCUUGGUAUGAUUGGCCUAAGUGCAAGAUUUGUGAAGCUAGAGGGAAAUGCAGUGUUGGCACCAAGUUAUGUAGCUGAUGGGUCGGUCCAGAUAUGUUAUGUCGGUAAGGGAAGCGGUCGGAUUAAGGUUGUCGACAAUGAAGGAAAGCUUGCAUUUGACACUAAAGUUGGAGAAGGUGACUUGUUCAUUGUUCCUCAGUUCUUUCCUACUGCACAGAUUGCUGAUGACUGUGGAAUGGAAGUUUUCUCUGUCAUAACUUCUUCAAAACCUGUUUUUGGACAACUGGCUGGAAAUACAUCGGUAUGGAGUGCAUUAUCUCCGGUGGUUUUACAGGCUAGUUUGAACAUAACUCCAGAAACCGAACAACUUUUCAAGUCGAAGAAUUCAAAAAGCAUCACAAUUGUCCCUCCAAGUACUUGAUUAAGUUGUCGAGAUCAAGAACGAAAGCCGAUGUCGACAAGAGUUAUAAUAUAUGUUGUGAACAUUCAAUAAGUCGAAGUCCAAAACAAGAAACUGACAGUAAACCAAUGAUAUAAAAUUGGUUAAAUGUCAUAUAAUAAGGAACUUUAGCAUAUAUGGUUCACGUUUAAUAAAGUGUUUGUUUACUUUUGUUG